UAAAUAGCAAGCAAAUUAGCAAGCUAACGCUUCUCUCUUCUCUCUGUUCUUCUACAAAGGAAAGGAAAAAAAAGAGAGGGGAGAGCCGAGAAAAGGCCUCGAAUUUCCUUCAGACUCCAAUAAUCUGAGAGAGAACCUUAAAAAAAACACAGAACACAAAAGAAAAAGAAAACAAAACCUGUUUUUUCUGUUUCUGUCUCCAAAAACCCUAGCUUCUUCUAUUAUGCCUUCACAACAGUAAUAGUAAUACGCAGAUCCGGUAAUAAACCAAAAGAAGAAAUAAAGCCCUAACUCUUGAAGACCUGGAAUGGCUGAGUUAGGGCAACAAACUGUGGAAUUCUCGACUCUCGUGAGUCGAGCUGCUGAGGAUUCGUUUCUUUCUUUGAAAGAAUUGGUGGACAAAUCCAAAUCCACCCAACAAUCUGAUUCUGACAAGAAGAUUAGUCUUUUGAAGUACUUGGUUCACACUCAACAGCGUAUGCUUAGACUCAAUGUCCUUGCUAAAUGGUGCCAACAGGUUCCGUUGAUACAAUAUUGUCAGCAACUUCAGUCAACCUUGUCAAGUCAUGAUACUUGUUUUAUCCAAGCCGCAGAUUCUUUAUUUUUCAUGCACGAGGGGCUACAGCAGGCUCGUGCUCCUAGCUAUGAUGUUCCAUCUGCUAUAGAAGUACUCCUAACUGGAUCUUAUGAGCGUUUACCAAAAUGUAUAGAAGAUGUGGGUAUCCAGGGAAAAUUAACUGAGGUUCAGCAGAAGCCAGCUUUGAGAAAGUUGGACACACUUGUGCAAUCCAAGUUACUUGAAGUUUCAUUACCAAAGGAAAUUUCCAAGGUGAAAGUGUCUGAUGGUACUGCAUUGCUUUGUGUGGAUGGAGAAUUUAAAGUUUUAGUUACUCUUGGCUACCGAGGGCACCUUUCAAUGUGGAGGAUACUACAUAUGGAAUUGCUUGUUGGUGAGAGAAGUGGAUCUGUGAAACUGGAAGAAUUGCGACGGCAUGUUCUGGGAGAUGAUUUGGAGCGCAGAAUGGCUGCAGCAGAGAAUCCAUUUACAAUUCUAUAUUCAGUUCUUCAUGAGCUUUGUGUUGCAUUAGUUAUGGAUACUGUUCUAAGGCAAGUACAAGCACUCCGUCAAGGAAGAUGGAAAGAUGUAAUUCGGUUUGAGCUCAUAUCUGAUAGCAGUAGUAGUAAUGCCACUCAGCUAAAUCAAGAUGGAGAAGUUGAUUCAGCUGGUUUACGAACACCAGGUUUGAAAAUUAUAUAUUGGUUAGAUUUGGAUAAAAACUCUAGUACAUCCGACUCGGGGAUUUGCCCAUUUAUAAAAAUUGAACCAGGACCCGAUCUACAGAUAAAAUGUAUUCAUAGCACUUUUGUUAUAGAUCCUCUAAAUGGAAGGGGGGCGGAAUUCUCCCUUGACCAGAGCUGCAUCGAUGUUGAGAAGUUGCUUCUCAGAGCAAUAUGUUGUAAUAGAUAUACUCGUUUGCUUGAAAUUCAGAAAGAGCUGGGAAAAAAUGUUCAGAUCUGCCGUGCUGCAGGUGAUGUUUUUCUUCAGUUCCACAUGGAUGAACCUGAUGUUGACCAUAAAAAGAAAGAAACUAAGUCUGAUGGUGGGGAUCAAGAGGGGCAGGAAGUACUGCAUGUUCGUGCCUAUGGAUCAUCGUUUUUUACCCUUGGAAUAAAUAUAAGGAAUGGCCGUUUUCUCCUCCGAUCAUCCCAAAAUAUAAUUACACCUUCAGUGCUGAUAGAUUUUGAAGAAGCUUUAAAUCAAGGAAGCAUAACUGCAGCUGAAGUUUUCAUUAGUUUGAGGAGCAAAAGUAUCUUGCAGUUAUUUGCAUCUAUUGGCAGGUUCUUGGGUCUCGAGGUAUAUGAACAUGGUUUUGCUGCAGUGAAAGUACCUAAAAACCUUUUGAAUGGUUCAACUAUGCUGCUAAUGGGGUUCCCAGACUGUGGGAAUUUGUAUUUUCUGUUGGCACAACUUGAUAAGGAUUUCAAACCUCUGUUUAAGUUGCUGGAGACACAACCAGAUCCAUCUGGAAAAGUUCAUUCUUCUAGUGACUCAACUGCUGUAAUGCGCAUGAAGAAGAUCGACAUUAACCAGAUGCAGAUGCUUGAAGAUGAUCUGAGUAUUGUUGACCUGGGAAAAUUGAAUCGCCUUUUGCCUAAUGCCUCUCCUUAUAACCAGACGUCCGAACAUGGUCUUCUAUCUGAAUUCCGUCUAGAGGGUCCCAUGCCAAUUGCAGGAUGUCCUCCAUCAAGUUUUUCAUCCGUUGUUGAUGAAGUGUUUGAACUUGAGAAAGGGGCAUCUGCACCUUCAUUCCCACUUCAGAAUGUUACCUCAUUCAAUGCAUCUCCUGCUUCUCAUUUUGGCUCUGUUCCGACAAAUCUUCAUACUAUUAAAGCUGGAACUCCUUCUCCUAAGUGGGAAGCAGGCAUGCAGGGGUCGCAAGUUAACAGUGUUGCAAAAGUGUCAAGUGUGGCCUCUCACUUUAACGGAUCCUUGUAUCCAUCAAAUAACCUGAAGGGACCUGUGCAUUCCAGUUCAUUCAGUUCACUAUCUUGUGGUCUAGGAAGGACCACAGCUGUGAAAAUAUUAUCAGCUUCAAAAUCUGAUCAGGAUUUGUCUUCUCUUAGAUCUCAACAUCUGGUUGAGGUUGGCACUAAUUCCGCAAUGGACGAUGAUCAUCUAAGACUGCCGAAUGAUGCAUCAAAGGAUGCACUAUCUGGGAUUAGGCCCUCUCGAUUGUCAUCUCCAUCUCGACCAACGGGCUCUCGAAUUUCAGCAUCAAAUGUGAAACCUAUUGGAGCCAGAAGCUCACCAGCUGGGUCUGUGGUCAGAGUUGCUGGAUCAAGCCCAUUAGCUACAACUUCCGUAUCCCAUACAGCAGGAGAUACUGCAAUAUCUCUGGGCUCUAGUCAUGGUGUAUCCAUACAUGAAAAAAAUCCAAGAAAGCGUACAGUUUUAGACAUGUUGAGCAUGAUUCCAUCUCUCCAAGAUAUAGAUGCUAAAGCAGGAUUUUCUAAGAGAAGAAGAACCUCAGAAUCAGCUCACUUUCAGAAGGUUUCUUCACAGAUGCUUGUAUCAUCAGAAAUGGUCUAUAAAAAUAAUAGAUACAGCUAUGGGAACCUUAUCGCGGAAGCAAAUAAAGGGAAUUCACCUUCAAGCAUUUAUGUCUCUGCUCUUCUUCACAUGGUUAGACAUUGCUCACUUUCCAUUAAGCAUGCUAGACUAACUAGCCAGAUGGACGACUUGGACAUUCCAUAUGUUGAAGAAGUGGGUCUAAGAAGUGCAUCCUCAAAUAUAUGGUUCCGACUUCCACUUGCGCGAGGCGAUUCAUGGCAACAUAUUUGCUUGCGUCUUGGCAGACCUGGAAGCAUGCAUUGGGAUGUCAAAAUAAAUGAUCAGCACUUCAGGGAUUUGUGGGAACUUCAGAAGGGAAGCAGUGGCACUCCCUGGGGUUCUGGGGUCCAUAUUGCGAAUGCAUCUGAUGUGGAUUCCCAUAUUCGUUACGAUCCAGAUGGCGUUGUCCUGAGUUACCAGUCUGUUGAGUCUGAUAGUAUAAAGAAGCUAGUGGCAGAUAUUCAAAGGCUUUCUAAUGCUAGAAUGUUUGCUCUUGGAAUGCGUAAGCUGCUUGGAGUAAGAGCUGAUGAGAAACUAGAGGAAAGCAGUGCAAACUCUGAUCUUAAAGUGCCCAUUGGAGGAAAAAAUGCUCCUGAGGGAGCUGAUAAGUUGUUUGAACAGAUGAGGAGAGCAUUUAGAAUUGAGGCAGUUGGACUGAUGAGUUUGUGGUUUAGCUUUGGUUCAGGUGUUCUAGCUCGUUUUGUUGUUGAGUGGGAAUCGGGUAAAGAAGGGUGCACAUUGCAUGUUUUACCUGACCAACUUUGGCCUCAUACUAAGUUCCUGGAAGAUUUUAUAAAUGGGGCUGAAGUUGCAUCCCUGUUGGAUUGCAUUCGCCUAACUGCUGGACCCCUGCAUGCUCUUGCUGCUGCUACUCGCCCUGCAAGAGCUGGUCCUGCUCCAGCUGUUCCAGGUGCAACAGCAACUGUUGCUUCUAUGCCAAAACAGGCAGGGUACAUCCAAUCCCAGGGACUCUUGCCCAGCAGUUUGGUGAAUAAUAUUAGCCAGCCAACUUCUGGCCCUUUAAGCAAUGUUUCUUGUAGCACUGGACCUCUUGGGAAUCACAACCCACAUAAUGUUGCAAUGUUAGCUGCUACUGGUCGAGGUGGCCCUGGCAUUGUUCCCAGCUCACUGUUGCCAAUUGAUGUCUCUGUUGUACUACGAGGCCCCUACUGGAUCCGGAUUAUAUACCGGAAGCAUUUUGCAGUUGAUAUGCGUUGCUUUGCUGGAGAUCAGGUUUGGUUGCAACCAGCAACACCACCUAAGGGAGGUCCUUCAGUUGGAGGAUCAUUACCCUGUCCACAGUUUCGCCCUUUCAUCAUGGAGCAUGUUGCCCAAGAACUGAAUGGAUUAGAUCCUGGCUUUGCUGGUGGUCAGCAGACAGUUGGACUGGGAAAUUCUAACAAUCCUAACCCAAGUUCAUGUUCUCAACUAUCAAGUGUUAAUGGAAAUAGAGUUAACCUUCCUAAUUCUUCAGCAACAUCCAGGGCAGCAAAUCAAGUGGCUGCAUUGAAUCGUGUUGGAAAUGCUGUUCCGGGAUCAUCAAAUUUGGCUGUCCUAAGCUCAGGAUUGCCCAUACGCAGAUCCCCAGGUGUUGGUGUCCCUGCCCAUGUUAGAGGAGAGCUGAAUACAGCCAUUAUCGGUCUUGGUGAUGAUGGAGGGUAUGGAGGUGGAUGGGUUCCUCUUGUUGCUCUUAAGAAGGUUCUAAGAGGCAUUCUUAAAUACCUUGGAGUGCUGUGGCUUUUUGCUCAAUUACCUGGCCUUUUGAAAGAGAUCCUAGGGUCAAUUUUGAAGGAAAAUGAAGGUGCGCUCUUGAAUUUGGACCAGGAACAGCCAGCCUUGCGCUUCUUUGUGGGGGGCUAUGUGUUUGCUGUAAGUGUCCACAGAGUUCAACUUCUUCUUCAAGUACUUAGCGUCAAGCGCUUUCAUCAUCAACAGCAGCAACAGCAGCAACAAAAUAAUGCAGCUGCUCAAGAAGAACUGACUCAAUCUGAAAUUGGAGAAAUAUGCGACUAUUUCAGUCGCCGGGUAGCAUCAGAGCCCUAUGAUGCUUCUCGUGUCGCAUCAUUCAUUACCUUUCUCACUCUACCCAUAUCAGUUUUAAAAGAAUUUUUAAAAUUAAUUGCAUGGAAGAAAGGAUUGGCUCAGGCACAAGGUGGGGAGAUGGCACCUGGACAAAAACCCCGAAUUGAAUUAUGCCUUGAAAAUCAUACGGGGUUAAAUGUGGCUGAGAAUUCAUCUGCUGCAAAAAGCAAUAUCCAUUAUGAUCGGCCCCAUAAUUCUGUUGAUUUUGCACUGACUGUUGUCCUUGAUCCUGCUCACAUACCUCACAUUAAUGCUGCGGGUGGUGCUGCCUGGUUACCCUACUGUGUCUCAGUGAGGUUGAGAUACUUGUUUGGUGAAACCAUGAAUGUGUCUUUCCUUGGCAUGGAAGGAAGCCACGGCGGCCGAGCUUGCUGGUCACAUGUUGAUGACUGGGAGAAAAGUAAACAGAGGGUGGCUCGAACUGUGGAAGUGCAUGGAUCUUCGACAGGAGAUGCCCAAGGAAGGUUGAGAGUAGUUGCAGAAAGUGUGCAAAAAAACCUGCAUAUGUGCCUCCAAGGGUUGAGAGAUGGCAGUGGAGUUACUGCAAGCUCUGGGACAACGUGAUUAGAUAGGUUUACUGCUUGCAACAUCAAUCUUUGAAUUAUUUGCAAUAUCUGGAAUGAGGAAAGUAGAUAGGGCCUUGCAUUGAUGCGAAAGAAGGUCAAAUGAUGGUAACAAGUUCUGUUGAAGAUACAGAUGACCGUGCAGGACUUUUUGACUCGUUUAAAUAGCUGAUCCAGUGUUCUGAUGAUUAGGAUGUAAAUUAUUUUUGCAGAUACCGGUAUUGUAGCGGCUGUUUUCCUCUGUACAGAAAUCAUAGUUGCUGAGUAGACAAACUUCGUGACUGUUGUAUACCCUCUUAAGGGCAUUCCGAAGGUGUCUAAGAUUGUUUUCAGACUGUUCGAGGGCAUUAUUUUUAUGUAUAUGUUGACACUUGUCCAUGUUCCCACUUUUAUAAAUCUCUUGCCGGCAGGGAAGUCGCUCCAUUUAAA